AUGGCACCAAUUGACGCUGAGAAGUAUAGCAACAUAGUCCAAAAAAUUGAAAGCAUCGUAAAGGAGCAUUGUGAGCAUUUGGAUUCUGCUCAUGAUUGGGAUCAUGUUAAGAGAGUGAGACAGCUAGCACUCAGACUCUACAGGGAUACCUGUUCUAAUGGAUACCUAGAAGAAGAAUUGCAAAUGGUGGAACUAAUAGCUUUGUUACAUGAUGUCGGUGAUUUCAAAUUUGGAUUUGAUCAAGAAAAGAUCCUUGAUGAGAUUUUGACUCCUUUGGUUGAUGAGGCAACCAAACAGCAUAUCAAAAAUGAGGUAUCGUUAAUCAGUUGGAGAAAAUCCUUGAAGAGUGAAAAAGACAAGGAAAACCAUCCUGAAACUGUCGAGCUGAAAUUACAGUUGCACGAUUUUGUCAGCGAUGCAGACCGUCUCGAUGCUAUGGGAAACAUCGGUAUCGCCAGAUGCUUUUCCUACGGGGGUAGUCGUCACUCCAAGCUUUAUGAUUUAUCUGUUGAUCCAGAUUUGAAUCUCACCAAAGAAUCUUAUAAUGCCCAAACGGAAAUUUUGCAGGAUGGUAAAGUCUUGGCGAGUAAAUCUAAAAACAACUCAUUGAAUCAUUUCUACGAAAAGUUGUUCAAAUUAAAAGACAGUUUGAAGACCGACAAAGGUAAAGAAAUGGGGAUCAAAAGACAUGAAAGAUUGCAAUGUUUUGUGAAAGAGUUUUUAGAGGAAGUAAAUUGCGAGUCUUAG